AAAACCUUUUGAUCUUCAGGAUUCGGGAACAAAAAGGAAAGUGCCCCAAACGAGUGUAUACUUCACUUUUCUAAGACAUUUGUUCUCUCAAGAUUGCCUGAAUACCCACACAUUUGUCGGUGAAGUCUUCAAGAUGACGGAUUGAAUGGCAGUGAACGCAAAUUACACGCUCCAACACCAAGACUUCUGACUUUUACUACCACAUGGACGCGAAGAAAGCAUCGUGAAUCUUCAGCAAGGUCUGAAUCGUUUAUUCAGAAGUUGGGAAUUCAUAUCUUGCGGACCCUGCACGUUCUUCUGUCGGACGAGCAAGAGAUAGAUAGAAGAAACUGAUAAAGAAGAUCCUUGAAAAAGCUUUUUUUCAAACACUUCCGCUCGAAGUCUGUUGUUGACUGUAGCCCCUUUUAUAUAUCAUCCAAAAGGAAACGGGUUCCUAGAGCGAGAGAAGAAAAGAGAGACGGACGAUUCUUCUCAAUCAAAAGGCGAAGCUCAGAAGCGAGAAGUUCGAAGAAGAAGAAAAAAACAACCCAGAGAGACUUACUACCUGUUCUUCUUGUGUCUAAUUCCAUUACAUCGCCUGAUUCUUGUUUUGCCACUCGUUCUUACUGAAAGUGGUGCUAGUGCAAAGACACAAUCCGUUCAUUACUCGAAAGUUGACGUUCAUUUGAAAGUUCACAUCACUUUUUCGGACGGGCUCAAAGUGCACCAAAAUGGGGCCCAUUCACCAUAAAGUUUACCUGAUCUUGGCAGCGCUACUUCAAGUGAUUGAUAGUCUGUCUAAUCUUUCGGUUCGCAUCCCAGAGUACCUCCAAAAAGGCGAGACGGCUGACCUCACCUGCAGCUACAACCUCGGUGGAGACAGCCUCUACAGUGUGAAGUGGUACAAAGGCCGUCACGAGUUCUUCAGAUACAUGCCUCACGAGGUUCCACCCAUGAAGAUAUUCCCAGUGAAGGGCAUGAAGAUCAAUGUGACCGCCUCGGAUCAAACCCGUGUUGUGAUAGAAGACGUGAAAACCACCUUCACCGGCACCUACUUAUGCGAGGUCACCGUUACUCCGAGUUACUUUGCACUAAUGCAAUACGCCAACAUGACAGUCAUAGACUUCCCGGAUUCUGGGCCAACCAUUAAGAGCGAGCGGCAACAAUAUCAGGUGGGCGAAACGGCCCAUUUAACGUGUAUGGCUCAACAAUCCAGUCCACCAUCCCAAUUGGCAUGGUACAUCAAUGGAGAACCGGCCAAUGAGGCAUACACGCGCUCAGUGCCGAUCAGAGAUGGGGUACAAGCUCUAGAGCUCAUAUUUCCCGUGACCAGCAACCACUUCGAGAAGAACAAGAAUCUGGUUACGUUGAAGUGUCUGGCGAGCAUCUCCAAUUUCUAUUGGAUGAGUGACGAGGUCCAACUUCUGCAAGAGAAGCCCAAAUACGCGUCCGUCAUGGAGAAUGGCGGCUCAUCCAACGACAACAGCCCAGUGGUCAAAUCGUCCGCCUCGGCCGCAGCCAGUAGUGAUGGAUUAACCGGAGCCGGUAAGUUUCCCAAAGGGGGUCACGAGAUUGAAGCUCGUCGAGAAUGUUGACGUCAUCACAGUUAU